GAAACGGUGUCAGUGCUUCUGUUUUGAUGGCUCAUCAUCAUCUUCUUCUUCUUCUUCAUGGGUGUCUUCUGUAUGUUCAUGAUCAGUAUUGGCGACCCUUUACUUCAAAGCUAGCUUUGUUUUCAUCAAAAUUUGUCUGAUCUCUCGUAUAGUUCGUAACUGUCUGUCAGCUUAGUUAUACUCCUUCUUUAUUCUCUUUGCUGUGACUGUACGUGAUCUGGGUAUAAUCAAUUUGUUCUUACUUACUUACUUCCUUCCUUCCCUGUUUCAUCGACAUUUGCCCUCUUUUCGUUCAAGAUCCGAACUUCAGUUCUCAAAUGGAUCACUGAUCUUGAUUUCUGUAUUGGGUCAUCUUGUUAAUCGAUUUCAUCGUUUCAAUCUCGAUGGAGGAAGAUCAGGAAUUGAGAUUUGUUUGCAAACUGUGUAACAAGAAGUACCCAAGUGGGAAAUCAUUGGGUGGACACAUGAGGUCUCACGUGUUAGCUAAUUCAUCUGAAUCAGAUGAAAAAACAGAUCACAUUAUUAACAACUCAUCCAAUAAGUUAUCAAGAUUCGAGCUUGGUGGUGGUGGAGGAGGAGGAGGAGGAGGGAAUUCCAACUCCGGCUAUGUCUUAAGAGAGAAUCCGAAGAAAUCAUGGAGGGCUAAAGACUCUCCAAUUGCUAAUAAUAUUAAUGGAAACCAACAUCAGCAGCAGCAUCAGCAGCAGCAAGAUAAGUUGAUGGUAUGCAGGCAAUGUGGAAAAGGGUUUCAAUCACUCAAAGCUUUAUGUGGUCACAUGGCUUGUCAUUCCGAUAGAGAAAGAGGAUCUAAAGAUGAUGAUUCUUCGUGGAAUACUGAGAAUCAUCAGAAAAUGGUAACGGAUAGUCAUUCCGAUACAGAAUCCGACGCUCUCAGCCGCCGUAGCAGCCAAAUGACGAGGUAUUAUAAUAACUGUUCAUCUUCUUCUGAGAUAGAUCAUGAACAGGAAGAACUAGCCCUGUGUUUGAUGAUGUUGUCUAGAGAAUCUGGAAAAUGGGUAAACAUGAAUUCCAGUCAUCUAGUCGAUUCAUCAAUAUCUGAUCAUAAUAAUAGUGAUUCAGUUGUCUCCGAAACUAAAUCAUACAGUAACAGAACUAGAAUUCUUUCUGAUAAUUCUGAUUCUGGGUAUUUCAUGAAUGAACCUGAGACUGAAACUGAUCAGAAGAUGGAAUCUGGAUAUGAAAUCGAGAAGAAAAAGACAGUUUCUUUAACUGAUCAUCGUGAGUUUCAAUUGCAAACUAAAAAUUCAUCCCCAAAGAAGAAAAAAACAGCUUCUUUAAGUGUUAAUGUUGAUGGAAGUAAGAAUGUUUUCAAGAGGAGCAAACAUCAUUAUAAUCAGCAUCAUCAUAGUAAUAAUACAAAUAGCGAUGAUUUGGAACGGCCGGUUAAAUCAUCAAAGAAGAUGAAAGGACAUGUAUGUCCAAUUUGCAAUAGGGUGUUCAAAUCUGGUCAAGCUCUUGGUGGGCAUAAAAGAUCUCAUUUUCUUGUGGGUGCUUCUCAAGAAAGAAACCAUCAUCAUCAUCAUAGUAGAACAACAGUACUAAUGAAGCAGGAAGAAUCUGAAAGUCAUGAUUUUCUUGAUCUUAAUCUUCCUCCGCCAACAGAGGAAUGA